CAUGGCUCCGGCGGCGGACAGGCCGGGCUACUGGGGAACACCGACUUCCACUCUCGACUGGUGCGAGGAGAAUUAUGUGGUCUCUUAUUACAUCGCAGAAUUCUGGAAUACUGUCAGUAACCUGAUAAUGAUCCUACCUCCCAUUUAUGGAGCCAUUCAGACGUGUAGAGAUGGUUUGGAAGUACGCUAUGUGUGGUCCUUUUUAGGACUUGCUGCUGUAGGGAUUGGCUCAUGGAGCUUCCACAUGACACUACAGUAUGAAAUGCAGUUACUGGAUGAGCUGCCGAUGAUCUACAGCUGCUGCGUCUUUGUUUACUGUCUAUACGAGUGCUUCAAGCAAGAGCGUGCCGUUAACUAUUUCUCAAUUAUACUUUUGUUGACCUUCAGUAUUAUUGUUAGUGUGAUUUACCUGCUAUGGAAAGAGCCUGUCUUUCAUCAGGUCAUGUAUGCCGUGCUAGUGGCUUUCUUGGUGAUUCGCUCUGUUUUCAUAGUCACAUGGGUCUAUCCGUGGCUCAGAGCCCUCGGCUUUACAUCAUUAAGCGUCUUCCUGCUGGGAUUCGUAUUAUGGAACAUCGAUAAUAUGAUGUGUGACUCUUUAAGAUCAGCAAGGCAGCAAUUGCCCCCGGUGGUUGGGGCAGUUACACAGCUUCACGCCUGGUGGCACAUCCUAACAGGCCUGGGCUCAUAUUUACACAUACUCCUCAGCCUCCAGAUUCGGUCAACCUACCUCAAGCACAGACCAAAAGUGAAGUUUUUAUGUGGCGUUUGGCCAAUGCUGCAUAUCGAAUCUCAGAAGGCGAGCUGAGGAUGACUUGAGAUGAGGAGAAUGAACCAAUCACAGACCUCUGACAGAUGGAGGUCCAGCCAAUGAGCUUCAGCGGCAGCAAGAAGUGAUCCGUGGCUGUCGGUUUGGUUCCCCUGUUUUCCUCUCCAGGCUCCGUUUGCCAAGUGCAUUAUUGAGAAAGCUGCCAAAAGAAGGAAAGAUUAUGUUCCCCCACAUGAAGAAUACUAUAGUAAUUUAUAGUAAAUACUAGUGUUUUUGAACCAUACUAU